AUGUCGCUUUAUGAUGACCUCGGCGUGGGUGCGAGCGACACCAAAACCGAAGGAUGGUCCAAAAACUUCAAGCUGUUGCAGUCUCAGCUGAAGGUGAAAAAGGCAGCGUUGACCCAAGCUAAGACUCAUCGGACAAAGCAGACUACGGUUUUGGCUCCAGUCAUCGAUUUAAAACGAGGAGGUCCCAGUGAAGACAGGCAAAUCCCAGACACUCCUCCCCAUGUCGCGACUGGAAUCAAGGAGCCCGCGCCCUCAGGAUUCUCCGCCGGAGAUGUGCUGAUCCCGCUCGCCGACGAGUACGACCCCAUGUUUCCAAAUGACUAUGAGAAAGUGAUGAAGCGGCACAGGGAGGAUCGACAGCGGCAGAGAGAGCAGGAGCGCCAGAAGGAGAUGGAGGAUAGAGAAAAAAAAAGAAAAGACAGGCACGAAGGAGGAGCGCCGAGUGGCUUCUCCAGAUUCCCCACAGCGGAGGAGGACUCUGAUGAGGAGGAGGAUUACGAGAAGGAGCGGCGGAAACGAAGUAUGGGCGGUGCUGCUAUUGCACCGCCUUCGUCGCUGGUGGACAGAGAUGGCUCAUCCGGAUACUCGUACGAGGAUGAAGGUCGUCCCACCAGAGGUGCAAAGGCCGCCAUUCCCCCGCCCAUGUACGAGGAGUCGGACCGCUCGCGUUCACCGCCCUUACCGACCAGUUCCUUCCUGGCCAACAUGGGGGGUACCGUCGCCCACAAAAUCAUGCAGAAAUACGGCUUCAAGGAGGGCCAAGGCCUGGGCAAGCACGAGCAGGGCCUGAGCACGGCUCUGUCUGUGGAGAAGACAAGCAAACGGGGUGGAAAGAUCAUCAUCGGGGAUGCGCUGGAAAAACCCGAUGGCAAGAAGUCUGACGCGAACCCGCUCACAGAAAUCCUGAAAUCCCCUACCAAAGUGGUCCUCCUGAGGAACAUGGUGGGACGAGGAGAGGUGGACGAUGACCUGGAAGGAGAGACCAAAGAAGAGUGCGAGAAAUAUGGAAAAGUGAUUAAAUGCGUCAUUUUUGAGAUUGCUGAAGUUCCCGACGAUGAAGCAGUCAGGAUAUUUCUGGAGUUUGAAAGGGUGGAGUCGGCCAUUAAAGCCGUGGUGGACCUGAACGGACGGUAUUUUGGCGGGCGAGUCGUCAAAGCCUGCUUCUACAAUCAAGACAAAUUUCGUGUUUUCAACCUGGGAGAGUAG